AUGGUUUCUUGUUUUUCCUAUUGGUUACUGCCCGUCUUGUCCGGCUCCGUCUGGCUGGGCAUGCUGAUGGGCAUGCUCAUCGGCUGGGCCGUCGACACCCACCGCGAGCACUACGUCUCGAUGGACGACAACCAGACCGUUGCCUACAUCAGCGAUAUCGGCGCCUCGCCCAAGUUCAAGCCCAUGUUCAUCGCCCUCUGCGUCGUCACCACCGUCACGCUGGACCUGUCGUUCCUCGCCGACCGCUGGUUGCGCCAUGCCGGCCGCCUCACGCCCAACGGCAGCACCGGUCAAAAGGUGCUCGGCGUUCUGACCAUUGUCUUUGCCCUGCUCGGCACCGCGGGCCUCAUCCUGCUGUCCGUCUUUGACGUCGCCCACCACAAACGCUUGCAUGACGGCUUUCUCCUGCUGUUUUUGGGCGGCUAUGUGCUGUCGGCCAUCUGCAUCUGCUGGGAGUACCAGCGCCUGGGCAUCCACAACCGUCAUCUGCGCAUCCUCAGCAUCUCCUUCUGGGUCAAGCUUAGCUUUGUCCUCGUCGAGGUCGUGCUCGCCAUCAUCUUUGUCUCCCUGACCUUCACCCAUCACACCACCGGCGGUGCCAUUGUCGAGUGGAUUAUUGCCUUUAUCUUUGCGCUCUACGUCUUCUCCUUCUGCAUCGACCUGUACCCGGCCGUCCGCACACGUCACCUCAAGGGCCGCUACCGCGAAAAGCACGGCCCCAACGGCAGCGGCAGCGACGGCCCCAAUAGCAGCGCCACCACAGGCGGCACGGCCAUGGCCCAGGACGGCGACAACUACUACAACCCGGGCAACAGCCACACAGCGGGGCCGGGCGAGAUGGAAGCGGCCAACGGCAGCUACCGUGGCUAUACUGCGAAUGCCAAUGCAGCACCCCCAACGGCCCCGGGCUCCACUGGCUAUUACGACAACACCUACGGCGAGAGCGCGGCGCGCGCGACGCGGUCGCCACGUACCAACAACCUCGCUGGCAACACGUUUGUCGAAGACGAAGUCAACGGCGGCAGCCAGCCGCUGAACCAGCCACGACAAACAUACCAGCCAAGUCGGAGUUACCAGUAG